AUGGGUGAGAUCGUCCGACUGUCCUGUCCGCCGCCCGCCCCCGAUGAACCGCCCCUGCCCCCACAUAACCAGCCCCUGCCUCCCCGUCUGCUCCCCAGCUGGAAGUCCAUCGCCCAGUACAUCGACCAGCAGUUCGAGCAGUACUUCCGCGACGAGAGCGGGCUGAACCGCAAGAACAUCCAGGACAACCGCGUGCACUGCGUCCUCUACUUCGUCUCCCCCUAUGGGCACGGCCUGCGUCCUCUGGACGUGGAGUUCAUGAAGGCGAUUCACGAGAAGGUGAACAUCGUCCCGGUCAUCGCUAAGGCCGACACCCUCACCCCUGCAGAGGUCAAGACCAUGAAACAGAGGGUGCGAGACGAAAUCGAGGAGUUCGGCAUCAACAUCUACCAGUUCCCCGACUGCGACUCCGACGAGGACGAGGAGUUCAAGCAGCAGGACCUGGCGCUGAAGGAGAGCAUUCCGUUCGCGGUGAUCGGCAGCACCACCCUCCUGAACGACAGCAAGGAGCGGCCCACGAGAGGACGGGUGUACCCCUGGGGCGUGGUGGAGAUUGACAACCCCACGCACUGCGACUUCAUGAAGCUCAGGAACAUGCUCAUCCAGACGCACAUGCAGGACCUGAAGGAUGUCACCCAGGAGGUUCAUUACGAGAACUACCGGGCCCAGUGCAUCCAGAGCCUGACCCGCAUCGGGGCCAAAGACCGCAGCUCCCGCAAUAAAAUCUCUCGUCAGAGCAUCACCGAGCUGUCUCUGCUCCCGCUGUCCGAGACGGAGAAGCUCAUCCGGGAGAAAGAUGAGGAGCUGCGCCGGAUGCAGGAGAUGCUCCAGAAGAUGCAGCAGCAGAUGCAGCAGAGCCAGGGGGAGCAGUCCGACACCCUCUAACCUCGAACCUCCAACCUGCCGACUCGAGCGGACAGGAACACCAGUUCCUAACUCUUCUUCGCCCUCCAGAGCAACAGCCACGGCCCAAGGCUUUCCGGCGAUUCCUGUACAGAACUAUCUACUUUGGAGACACUGUCUAGGACAGCUACUGUAUUGCUUUAAUAACUAUAAAUAAGCUUUAACAGAACCUGGGACCCCUGUUGCUGCUUUCAAGCAUUUAGAAGGUACUACAAGGGGAAAAGCUUUUAACACUGUUCAAAAGCUUCCGACUUUUACGAUAUUUGUUUUACCUCUAUAGCUUUAUUAAAGAAAGUUCAUAUUCAGUUCA